GAGAAGCAUCUUUUACCAUCGGAAAUCCUUCUGCUCUCCCUCGUCACCUCACCGGCCGCAUCACCACCAUGUCGCUCCGGCGCCUCUUGGGCCUUUCCGCCGCCGUGUCCGGCCGCCUAAGCCGCUCCUUCUCCACCUCCACGGCCGCCUCCUCCCGCCCUCCCUGGAUCUUGGUCGACCAGCUGUCAGUGGCCACCGGGUCGGCAGCACCGGGCGCGUCCGGGCGCAUCGUCGAGCCCCCGCGCUUCUCCAGCAUCGCCGUCCCGGCGCUCCAGGUCGACACCAGCGCCGGCCCCGACCCCGACAGCGACGUCGCGCAACUCCUCGUCGGCCGCGUGUGCUCCGCCAGCGCCGACGGCCUCCUCCUUAUCGUCAUCUACGAUCUCCGCGCCACGGCUCCCAUCCUCGCCAAGCAGGGCGCCAAUCAUGUCCGCCAGCUGACCGGCCUCGUCCGCGGGCACACCCCGGACACCACGCGCUUCCUCUGCAACCCUCUCACCGGCCAACUGACCCGCCUCCCGGCCAUCGACGUCGGCCCGAGGCGGCUCGUGUGCGGCCCUCACAUGGGCGUCCUCACCCAAGCCGGUCGCGGGCACGGAGACGGACCUCCCGACAGGGUCGCCGUCGCCGAGCUGCAGGGGAACAGGAUGCUCCGCUUUCUCUCGGACACGGGCGAGUGGGACGUCGCGGUCACCACGCCGUGCCAACUCCCGGGCGUCCGGCGGUUUCACUCGGAGACGGGCAGGAGGUUCGACCAAGAGGCGUUCGCCUUCGGCGACCGGCUGUGGUGGGCUGACCUGAGGUGGCUUGACCUGGAGGGUUUUGAGGCCCUGUCCAAAGACGCGCCGGCAGUGGGCAGGUACCGGCGCAUGGGGGUCAGCGAGGGAAGGCUGCGCUACGCCGAGGUGUGGAGCCGGGAGCCGUUCGUGCUCAGCUCCUUCACGCUCGACGACGAGGGCAGCGGCUGGACGCUGGAGCACCGCGUGGUGCUCAGCCGGCUCUGGGCGGAUGGAGACCACCCAUGGCUGCCCUUGCCGGAGAAGACGACGCCACAAAUUGUCGCUCUUGACCCACUGAACGGCAAUGUCAUCUACCUGAAGGUCGGCAGGCACAGCAUCGGCGUGGACAUGAGCAAGGAGGAGGUGAUUCGGAGCUUUCUGGACAGAGGAGCCGGGUGCAUACCAUGCGUGCUUCCACCGUGGCUUGAAUCCAGCCGGAACUCUGCCGCAGGCAAGGACAACAUGGAAAGCAAGACUCUGGCCGGUGUUCUAGUUCGUUCAGAUAGACACCACACAAAAUGAAAAGUGUGCCAAGCUACCAGUCAGUGUAUCUCUGGGUUUCCUAAGGCUAGCAAUCAAGUAGUAGCUGAUGGCGGCAGUUUGCGGGGCACUCAUUUUGCAGGAAAUCUGGAGAAGUUUGGGUGUUUUCAGAGUUUGCUCAUGGAUCUGUUUUGUGGAGAAUCUGGGAGUUGCUGGUUCUGACCUUAAGUUCAUACUAGAACAUCCUAGGAUAAUUGCUCAGCUAAGCCUAUAGUUUUGGUUGCAAGACGUCAUUUUGGUACUAAGUGUUCGAUGGUGGAUAUGCUUAGCUGUUUCUACUUGCUAGUAUUAAAUUUUCCAUCGAUCUAUUGCUACUGUUGAAUAAGAAGGCAUUGAAAAGCAAAUCCGCUAGUAUUUGCGACUAGAAGACGUCUUCGCAGUAUGAA